CCGCGUCUCCGGGGAGGAGCGAGGUCAAGAUGCAGGGUUUACCUCGCAUGGGCGGUAUGAUGGGCAUGGGUGGAGCGCCCCAGGCGGCGACGGGCGAUUCCCCGCAGGUGGACACCGCGGAGAACGUCCAGAUCUCGUCGCUCGCGCUGCUCAAGAUGCUGAAGCACGGUAGGAACACGCCCGCGCGACGAUAAAGAAAACCGGGGUCUACCCUAGCCCGGUGGAGCGUCGAAGGCGGGUUGUUCGGCGCCCGAUCGACAAUCACGAUGCGUGUCCCGCGUGUUCUAGACACGGAUACGCGGGAACGGGAUCGGAUCUCGCCGCUCGCCGGUUCUCGCCCCCCCGCGAGCGCAGAUCCGGCCGCAGAUCUCGACCCGACCCCAAAACGCGACCUUUUUUGAACGGGCCAGAUGAUCUGGCCCCUCGUGGGUCACGAUCUCGCCACCCCGGCUCCGCGCUCCUUGUUUUCGUCCCAACCAUCUCUGACCACGGUCUCAUGUCCGAUUCCCAACGCUCAGGUCGCGCCGGCGUUCCCAUGGAGGUGAUGGGACUGAUGCUUGGACAGUUUGUGGAUGACUACACCGUCAAGGUUGUGGACGUGUUCGCGAUGCCCCAGUCCGGCACGGGUGUGUCGGUCGAGGCCGUGGACCCCGUGUUCCAGACCAAGAUGCUCGAGAUGCUCAAGCAGACCGGGCGGGAGGAGAUGGUUGUGGGUUGGUACCACUCGCACCCCGGCUUUGGGUGCUGGCUCUCCGGCGUGGACAUCAACACGCAGCAGGCGUUUGAGGCGCUCAACCCGAGGCUCGUGUCCAUCGUCAUCGAUCCGGUGCAGUCGGUGAAGGGCAAGGUUGUGAUCGACGCGUUCCGUUUGAUCAAUCCGCAGACGAUCAUGCUGGGUCAGGAGCCGAGGCAGACGACGUCCAACCUCGGCCACCUCAACAAGCCCUCCAUCCAGGCGCUGAUCCACGGCUUGAACCGCCACUACUACAGCAUCAACAUCUCCUAUCGCAAGAACCAGCUGGAGGAGAAGAUGCUGUUGAACCUGAACAAGAACAAGUGGUCCGAGGGCCUGCGCCUGAAGGACUUCGACAAGCACGGCGAAUCGAACGAGAAGGUUGUGCUCGAGCUGAAGGGCCUCGCGGAUAAGUACGAGAAGGCGGUUGUGGAGGAGGAUAAGCUGACGGCAAAGGAGCUCAUGGUGAAGAACGUGGGCAGGCAGGACGCCAAGAAGCACCUGACGGAGAACGUUCGGAAGUUGAUGAGCGACAACAUCGUGCAGACCCUGGGGGCGAUGCUCGACACCAUCUGCUUCUGAUUCUUUAGCGGACAAACCUUGUAGCCUAUCGACAAAAAACCUCGU